CUUCCUCACUCUGCUUGCUGAUAACUGACUGGUGAAGAAGACUGAGCAUAAGAGACAAAGAUUACUGUAUACGGGGCCACCAUGACCAGCUCCCUCAAGACGUGCAGCCUCGUCCUCCUAGCCUUGCUGAAUACACACGUGCAGGCCUACACGUGUGGGAUGGGCCACAGGGGGGUGGGCCAGGCAGCAGCAGCCACCAACCUCACCUCGGCAGUAUGUGAGGAACCCUUCGUGGCUGUCGGCGAUCAGUGCCUCUACUUUGCCACCUUCGCCAGUAUUCCUCAUUUGGAGGCCCACCAGAUGUGUCAUUCAGUAGGUGGAGAAUUGGCCGCCAUCCUCACAGCCACACGGCUAUACAAUAUCAUCCACUACAUUUAUAAUAAUGGUUUGGAUGACAGACAUUUCUGGAUUGACGGAGCCGAUCAAGAACAGGAGGGCGACUGGCGCUCAUCCAGUGGUGCGCCUAUACCUCGAGGAACACCAUUCUGGGAAGCCACUGUCGGUGGACAACAACCAGAUAAUUAUCACGAAGAAGACUGCUUAGAGUUACCGGCCGGUUAUUGUUUCUAUAUGAACGACGUUAAUUGCCUGUACUCCUUAGUACCAUUGUGUGAACAGCCAAGCCAACUUAAACAAACAACAGCAGUGACAACGGAGGUGAACUGCCCGACGUUCUUCGUGAAUGUUGGCGGAUUGUGUCUGUCGUUCGUGACGUGGGCUUCACAGAACUGGGCGGACGCUCGCCAGUCAUGUCAUGGAAUAUCCGGGGAACUAGCAACCAUUACAGACAUCGAGGACCUGAGGGCUAUAUACGUCUACAUACACCAGGAAGAGAUUGCUGGUCACUCCUUCUGGCUGGGUGCCUCCGACGAGGCCAGCGAAGGCCUCUGGACAUGGACGGACGGCCAGCACGUCACAAUGGGUUCACCAUUCUGGGGUUACACUAAUGAGCAUUAUACCCUGGAGCCAGACGGUGGGUCAGCUGAGAACUGUCUGCUGUUGAACGCAGAGGGCUACCACUAUUUUCGUGAUGCUUCUUGCAACCUUCUGGCGAACCCACUGUGUCUGUAUCACUAGACGCUGCUACCGACACCUAACUACAUCCUGCAGCCUACAUGAAGCUUCAGUAACUUCUACGAUACAUGAAGGGUGAAGCAUGAAGAGUACUAUAUAUAUCUAUAAGGUUUAUACCGAGAUGUCAACAUAUCGUUGAAUACCAACUGUUUACUCUUGUCAUAUGAUAAUAGCUCUGUCAACAAGUCUGGACGAAAUUUUACUUAUUAUUAACAGACUUUAACUCGCUGUACAGGUUCAUAUAUUUAUCAUGUCAUGUUAACUGAUGAAGUCACUUUAAAUAUUCUUAUGUAGAGAAUAAGUCAAGGUCAAAUAAAUAACUUAAUGUC